UCGCGGCCCCCUCCGCGCGCUCUCCGCCGCCUCCUCUCGCUCCCUGGUCAGAGGGCCGGAGCGAGAAGAUGGCGAAGACCUACGACUAUCUGUUCAAGCUGCUGCUGAUCGGCGACUCGGGCGUGGGCAAGACCUGCCUCCUGUUCCGCUUCUCCGAGGACGCCUUCAAUACCACCUUCAUUUCCACCAUCGGGGAUUAUGCUGGUCUAUGACAUCACAAAUGAAAAAUCCUUCGACAAUAUUAAGAACUGGAUAAGAAACAUCGAAGAGCACGCCUCCUCGGAUGUUGAAAGAAUGAUCCUGGGUAACAAGUGUGAUAUGAAUGACAAGAGACAAGUGUCGAAGGAGAGAGGGGAGAAGUUAGCAAUUGACUAUGGGAUUAAAUUCUUGGAGACCAGUGCAAAGUCCAGCACGAAUGUAGAAGAGGCAUUUUUUACACUUGCACGAGAUAUAAUGACAAAACUGAACAGAAAAAUGAAUGACAGCAAUUCGUCAGGAGCAGGUGGACCAGUGAAAAUAACAGAGAACCGAUCCAAGAAGACCAGCUUCUUCCGCUGUUCACUGCUUUGAUGAACUGUUUGCUUCUGAGAGACUGCAGCACACCUAGAGGGUCCUUUCUUGCUUCUCUGAAAGCACAGGACCCCUUCCUGAGAGUCCCCGCCCGGCUGCUGCGGAGAGUACCACUAAACUUAGACUUCUCGACAGAGUGCCAAGCGGAUUCCAGCUUCGUGGCCUCGAAAAAGGACAGGCUCCUUUUUUCAAAUCUGGAAGCGAUGACAUGGAGACACAUGCAGGACCUGGCUGGUUUUUCCUUCCUUUCCUGCUUUCUGCAGAGGCUGCUGUCUCUCUUUUCCACUUUGCACAUCACUGUUAGCCUUUCCUUCUGCGGCACCAUCUUAGACUCCUGUCAUGAGGCUCUAGACAGACAUGUGCACUUGGGAUGUUUAAUAAAAGACAGCAAACAUUAAGCAGAGGUUAACUAAGGUUGAAGGACAGUUUUAAGAUUUAAUUAAAAUUAAAAGGCCCAUUUAUUCAUCAGAGGCUGUCAUAUCUUUAUUCAGAUUAUUGAAUUUUGCUUCAUUCUUGAUUUUUUUUUUUUUUGAAGGGGUCAGAGUCUGGUUAGCUCAAUGAAUUGCUUUUUAAAUUUAUUACCUCUGCUUAAUCUAUAUAAACUGCACUUGGAAAUGUUAUCUCACCUAUCCUGGGAUUUGUGUUUGCUAUACUUGUUCAUGUUCAGCAGUAUUACUUAGUUAUCUAAAACUAAGUAACACAUUUGAAUGUUGCUGUAUUUCUAUUUCCGAAUUUCUUAAACUGAAAUUUUUAUAGGUAGAAUUAUAUCAUUUAGGGUUUUAUUUUAGCAUCACAUCAGAAUAUAUAUAUUUUUCUUAGGUUCACCCCUUAGCUUACUGAUUUUGUUGUAGUACCUGAUUUUUAUCAUAAUCCCUGUCUGUAAGAAUUAACAAAAUUUAGAUUUAGAUUUUAGUCUGCAGAAAGCAUAUCUAUAAUGAGAAGGAUUAACUCAUUAAUAUAAAUUUAAGAGGUAGUCCUAGUUAUGGUGAAAUAAUAAUCUUUGGGUCUAUUUUUCUUUUGUUUUAAAUACAAGUACUUGGACUUAGUACAACUUCUAGGAAAAAUCUUCAUCAGAUUUUUAUUAGAGAAAAUAUGAUCAGAAUUUCAGUUUUAAAACAGCUCUUAGUACUAUGUAGUACCUAGCUCCAUUGGUUGAGGUACAAUACCACAGAACCUUGUCCAGUCUUUUGGGCCAAAUCCUUUCUCCCCAAACAUUGGUACUGGUAUUCCUACUGUAGAUUAAACCAUCACAUUAAAAAAAAGUAAUGUUCAUUUAUGUGCCAAAUUCAGAUUAUAAUUCCUUGUUUCUAUUGUAGCUUUCAGUGUCAUAACACGGAAGGGAAUAGGAAAGAGGUGUCUAAGAAAACGACUUCUAUUAUAAUUAAUCUUUCUGCCAUGCAUGCCAAGGCUGCUGUCAUGCUAGGUAGUUAAGAACAGAAUAGAGAAGUGGAAAUGUGGGAUUGCAUAUUAGCAUAAAGAUUUCUGCUUCAGAGUAGGAUUUGUUGUUUAAAUGCUUGGGUCAGCCAGCCUUUUCAACUUGUUUUAAAACUUAAGACACAGUUUAGAAGCUGCAAACAUGCCAGCGCUGUUUUUGAUGGUUACACUAAACUUGCAGUGGCCAAGUGUCAGCCUCCUUGAUUCUGUUUGUUCAUUUUAUUAGUUACAGAUAAGCUUAAAGUCACUCGUUACUAUUCCAGUGUAAUUGGUAGUUCCACGGUUGAAAGUUGUGUCUGUCAUCUCCACAUACACAUUUGAAAAGAAAAAAUAACUUCUUGAACACAUCUUGUUUAAUCAUCUAGGGGGAAAAUCCAAGCACUUAAGCUCUCUGGGGGGUAAUUAUGUACUUUCUAAAGGACAAGUGCUAUGACACCAUGUAUGAAUGUAAUUCUCUUAGUAUCUUACCUCUGACUAUUUGGUGUCUUAACACUUUGGUUUCUAUCUCAGGGGUUGUCUGCAAACCAAAACUGACACAUUCUGUGGUUAGUCUCCGUUGCUUUGCUUUUGUUCCGUUUCUUCACUCUCCUUUUGCCUUCUGUAGGUGUAACUAGUCUCCAUGAACUUCCCUUUGAAAGAGCCUGUAAAAGGUCAAUGAGUCUAAACGUGCUCUGUGAAGUAGCAGCACACCGGGAGUAUACACCCUGUUAUAUAGAAAGAAAUUGUCCUUGCUAUUUUCUUACAUUUAGCUUUGCUAAAUUGUAUAUAAUUUGAGCUAAGACGAUAGGAAAUUUACUUUCUGCAUGGUAAGAUGACCCAAUAAAUAUUCCAUUUUGCUUAAUAAUGUACAUACUGUGCAUUAUUUUUUCUACUUGUAGAUGGAUUUAGUGACAGAUAACUGUGUGUUCCCUGCUGAAACUGAAGAAAUUAGGAUUUUUUGGUGAACAUUUUUGUGGUCUUAUGGAUAAAGGUGCAUACAGAUCUUUGCAGCAGUAUCAGGGGCUCAGUGGCUGCACUUUAUUAUCAGUAUACUAAGCCUGGAUGACUGGAUCAGACCUUGUCCAAUAGAGUUUGAGGGCAUCAGACAAGAGAAGCUGGCCGUAACUAAACAUGAGAAUUGUUUGUGCGAUGUUUCGCUGGGAACUUAUUUUAGCUACAUUUUACUCGGGACAGAUUAUAAUUAAAUAAUCCACCUGUGCAUCAGUUAGUAGAUGCUGCAGGGUUUCUUACAAUUUACACGAAGAUUUUGUGCAGUCUUUGUUAUAAAUUUUCAGAAGACUAUACUCUUUACUUCGAAGGACUAUUUUUAAAUUAUACCUCAUUUAGCUAACUAGUAUUCUAAUACCUGGUGUAAAAAUAGUGAGCCAGCCUUUAAGCAUCAACACAAUUUAGAAUAUCUGUUUUGUUUGUUUUGUUUUGAAUUGAAGGCGUACUUAGAGGUAGGUGAUAUCUUCAUUUAGAGUAGAACAUAUAUGUUAUUCCAGCAGUGUAAAAAAAGAAAAGUAUUAUCUCCUUGCCCCCAUUAAUAAAUUUAGCUGUGCAAUAUAGAUACGUUUUUGCAGAACCUUCUAAGUAAGAGAUUAUAAUUACAUUUUGCUGCAAGUCUGUAUGAAGGCUUAUGAAGUUUUUCCUGUGAUCAGUGAAUGAUACAUUUAAGCAGACCUUCUUUUUAAGACUUAGACUCCUUUGUAAGUUUAAUUCUUAAUCUUUAAAGAUGAGCUUCAAGCUUAAAAUUUUUAAACUGUAUUUCAUUACGUUGCACUUAUCUCAAAUUUGGAGCAUUUUUUAGACUUUUUAACAUUCCCUUUUCUUUUUUGUUACAUUGAAAGUAGAGGAAUGUCUAAAAAUGAAAUCCCUUAUUGUAAAAGGAGCUAGAAAAACAGGAUAUGCUAAUAAAAUUUCAAAUCCUAGCAAAAUUUUAUAAUAGGAUCAGUCUUUCUUUAGACUACUAAAAAUAAUGGGGGUAAAGUUCACUAUAAAAAUGUAAAUGACCUAAAUGUAUGGAAAUGAGCAGUUAUUUUAGGGAUAUUUUCAAAUUUCACUUCAUUUCUUGAAAUGUGUGCCAUAUGCAAUUGCAUUUCUUGUUGCCAAGAUCUCAUAGAACUUGUUUCAUUUUUUUACCUUGAAAAAAAUGUGAAUUUAAUUAUGAUAGUUCAUUCCUAUGCCUUACAGAUAAGUUUUAUUUUGUUUGCGGCUGACACUGUAGUUCAUUACAAAACACCAUAAACUAUACAACUAAAAUCAUGCCCCUAAAGGGAACUAUCUACUUUUCCCCAAGAAUUAUCCUAUAAUGUAUGUUUAGAUAUAUUUUAUUUUUGCUCUAGUGGCUUAAUGUGAAAAUCUCUUGCAGAUAAAAUGGAUGUGUCAUGUGGUUGAUCUUGUUUAAGCCAAUUCAUUAACUAUGUACUGAUAAUGAUGCUGUGGUUUUUUUAAAACUAGAUUUUAUUCCAGGUGAAAAUUUUUUUUACAAUAAUGUUCAUCUAAAAUAAAAACUACAUAA